GGUCCGACCAACUUCCAGUGACAGGAGGUGAGUGUCGGGUUGUCUAUCGCCGUCGGCCGGUCCCUCCCAGCAACUCAUCCACAGGGACCACGGCGGGGAGCGGAGAAUGGGUCCGCUCUCCGCCGCCUGCAGAGACCCCUGACACUGUGUGAGACAACACUGUGAGCAGCGCCGCGGGGUCCGGGAGAACCUGGAUCAGCCAAGAAGCUCUCCGGGAAGCGGCGCUAGGAAGUGAGUUUAUUUAUUUUCGGGAGUUCCUCGCCCCUCCCGCUCCCUUCUCUCACUUGUGAAUGACCUCUCCCCCGAGCCGCUACCCUGGCGUCGCAUGUUCGGCUCCCGACGCUCGUCCGUCGUGCGGAGACUGUGGAGAAACCGGUGCGGGGCGGUGGGCGUCGCAGGAGGAGAGGGCGGCCGGAAUGAGGACCUGCAGGCCGGGCUGAAGCCGGUCACCCAGUCACUCUUCAAGAAGCUGCGGGACGAUCAGCUGGAGACGCUGGCGCGGGCGGUGGAGGGCGGCGCCGAGGAGCGCGGCGGCUGCGUCUACGUCCCCGGGGGCGAGGCGAACCCCUGGCCGCCGGUGCUGACCUGCCGGCUGUUCCGUUGGCCCGACUUGCGCUCGCCGCACCAGCUCAAGCGGCUCUGCAUCUGCGAGUGCUCCCCGAAGGUCGCCGAGGAGGCCGGCGUAGUGUGCUGCAACCCCUAUCACUUCAGCCGGCUGUGUGAGCCCGAAUCUCCUCCACCGCCUUACUCCAAGCUGUCUCCAAGCCAAACGUGGAACAACUUUGAUGAUGUUGGCCUGUCUCCUUACCUGCCCAGAGAGGGACACUGGUGCAGCGUGGCGUACUGGGAGCACAGAACCCGCGUGGGUCGCCUCUUCGCCGUCCACGAGCCCUCGGUGGGCGUCUUCUGUGAUCUGCCACGCGGCAGCGGCUUCUGCCUGGGCCAGCUGCACGUGGCCAACCGCCAUGAGAUGGUGCGGCGCACCCGCGGCAAGAUCGGUGGAGGCGUGCUGCUAAGCCGGGAGCGGGACGGCGUCUGGGUCUACAACCGUAGCCAGCACCCCAUUUUCGUCAGCUCACCCACCCUGGGCCUGCCUGGCUCCCGCGCACUCUCUGUCCACAAGGUGCUGCCCGGCUAUUCCGUCAAGGUUUUCGACUAUGGCAAGUCGCGUGCCUUGCAGCGGGCCGCGAGCCCGGGUGGGUUCUCGGAUGGACCUUACGAUCCCAACAGUAUCCGCAUCAGCUUCGCCAAAGGCUGGGGCCCCUGUUACUCCAGACAGUUCAUCACCUCGUGCCCCUGCUGGUUAGAAAUACUGCUCAAUCACUCCUGA